AUGCACAUGAAAUCAUGUGGCUUCAAUCCCGAAGAACUUUGCCUCUUCUACACUCAAAAUCCAAAAGGAUCUGCAUAUGUUCUAAACGCAAUGGCUAGAACUUCUUAUUCAUGGCAAUCAGCAGUUGUACUCCUUGCUAUUUUGAUUGUACCAAUUCGGUGCUCCGAUCACCAUAAUAUCUCUCAAGAACAAACCCUUUUGAGAAUCCAACAACUUCUGUAUUACCCUGUCAUUCUUAGCAGCUGGAACAACACCACAGAUUUCUGCAACACAGAUCAAAGUUCAUCAGUAACAGUUAUUUGCUACGAAGGCGUAAUAACACAACUUCACAUCAUCAAUAGCUAUAAAACCCAUCAAUUGCCUGAAGAUUUCUCGAUAGACACAUUUGUUACAACCCUCAUUAACCUUCAAAGCUUAAAAGUCCUCAAACUGGUUUCAUUAGGUCUAUGGGGACGAAUACCUGCAAAAAUUUCCCAUUUAUCAUCGCUAGAAAUCCUCAACAUUACUUCAAAUCACUUCAAUGGCAAAAUCCCAUCGGAAAUCACAUCUUUAGCGAAUCUCCAAUCCCUUGUUCUCGAUGACAACAACUUUACUGGAUGGAUUCCAUCCCGUAUCGGAUUCUUAUCACGUUUAUCAGUUUUGAGCAUGAAGAACAAUUCGCUAAACGGGUUGUUGCCAGAUUCUUUAGGGAAACUAACUGAUCUUCGAGUUCUUAUGCUUUCUCGCAACAACUUUUCGGGCGAAUCCCCGGAUCUUAGUGAUUUGAAAAACCUCCGAGCUCUUGAACUUGGAGGUAAUUCACUAGGACCCAAGUUCCCUAGAGUCCCAUACAAAAUUAUCUCCAUUGUUCUUCGAGAGAACAAGUUCACCAAUGGUUUACCCGAAGAACUACAUUCAUUUUAUCAACUUCAAAAGCUAGACAUAGCUUUAAACAGAUUCGUUGGACCCUUUCCAACUUCUAUACUAUCUUUACCAUCGAUAACUUAUUUAGACAUAAACGGGAACCGGUUUACGGGAUUGCUUUCCGAGGAUCUCCCAUGUAAUCCGGGAUUCCAGUUCGUUGACUUGUCGGCUAAUCUUCUAACCGGGAAGCUCCCGGAAUGUCUCGUGUCUUCAAAGGUCCGGAAUGUGGUGUACAACGGGAAUUGCUUGAGCACAAACGAUGGAAACGAAAUUAAAAGUCAAAAACCGAUUUCAUUUUGUAGAACCGCAGCUUUGGCAGUCGGAAUCAUACCCCGGAAUCACAAAACAAGUAACUUGUCAAAAGCAGCUCUUGCAUUAGGGAUCACCGGCGGGAUUCUGUUGAUCGGUGUGGCGUUCUUGAUUUUCCGGCGAGUUCAUGGUAAAAAGAUGGAGAAAAAGCCUCCGGCGAGGGUGAUAGAGGAAAACUUGACGAGUUCUUACUCGUCGAAGUUGCUUUCGGAUGCAAGAUAUGUUACUCGAGUCAUGAAGCUUGGAACAGUAGGAAUCCCAGCUUAUCACGCUUUUUCGUUGGAAGAACUCGAGGAAGCUACUAAUGGCUUUGAUGCAUCCACCUUCAUGGGCGAAGGGUCCCACGGUCAGAUGUACAGAGGUCGGCUAAAGGAUGGAUCAUAUGUAGCUAUACAAUGUCUAAAAAUGAAAAAAAACCACAGCACACAAACGUUUACGCGUCAUAUAGAGUUGAUCUCAAAACUUAGACACCAACAUUUAGUCAGUGCUCUGGGCCACUGCUAUGAAUUUUACCUCGAUGACUCGAGUGUCAGCAGGCUAUUUCUCGUGUUUGAGUAUGUGCCAAAUGGGACCCUUCGGGACUGGAUUUCAGGGAACAAAGGAAAAAACUUGUCAUGGAGUCAAAGAAUAGCAGCUGCUAUUGGUAUAGUGAAGGGCAUACAAUUUCUUCACACGGGCAUCCUGCCCCGUGUGUUCUCGGGCAGUUUAAAGAUAACCGAUGUUUUGUUGGAUCAGAAUUUUAGUGCAAAGAUUAGCAGCUACAACCUGCCAUUGUUGGAGAAAGUUGAAAAGGAUGGUGUUCAAGGGAGACCGAUUUGCACACAGAAGGAAGUAGAGUGUUUAAAAGAACAGUUUCAGAGCAGAAUGAGAGCUGAUGAUGGAGCUAUGAAGGAGAUGGUUGAUGUGACAAUUCUUGAUAAAUGUUCUGAUCAAUCUUUAAUGACAAUGAUGGAAGUUUGCAAUGGGUGUUUGCUUGAUGAUAUAGCAGAUAGACCUUCUGUUGAAGACAUGCUUUGGAAUUUGCAAUUUGCUGCUCAGGUUCAGGAGGCCUGGCAUAGUAGCCAUGGAUCUCCGGUGUCAUCUUCACAACCUGCAAUCGCAGAGCAAUAG